AAAAGAAACAUAAUGGAAUUCCAAAGUGAAUUGCAGGCACCAAAACUGCUAAAAGCUCAAAGCCACAUAUGGAAUCACAUAUUCAAUUUCAUAAACUCUAUGUCUCUUAAAUGUGCUGUUGAAUUAGGCAUACCUGAUGCUAUUCACAAUUAUGGCCAACCCAUGCCACUUUCACAACUCAUUGCUUCACUUACAGUCCACCCAUCAAAAACCUCCUCCAUCCAACGUUUGAUGAGAAUCUUGAUCCAUUCCGGCUUCUUCACCACGAAGAAUGUCGCCAACGAUGACCCCGAAGUUGGGUAUGUGUUAACUGAUUCAUCCAUGCUUCUGCUUAAGGAAAAUCCUUUAAGUGUGACACCGUACGUUCUUGCCAUGCUUGAUCCAAUAUUUACAAAACCAUGGCAUAAAUUGUCCACAUGGUUCCAAAGUAACAAUCCCACACCAUUUGAAAUAGAGCAUGGAGAAAUGUUUUGGGCUUAUGCGUGCUUGUCAUGA